CUCCCCCCCUCCCCCCCUCCCUCGCGCCUCCCUUCACCACCACCCGCCCAUUCCCGAGUCACCCACCAUCUGCGCAACUUGUCACUCCCUGGCUCUGCCCCAGAGGCGCCUGCGCGCCCAGGCUCAACAUUCUUCCUGAGCCUGCUCUCAGCCGCUCUCUGGACCCACCAUGGCAGAGCCGCCGGACGAGGUGGCCAACUUCCUGGCUGAAUAUGCUGAUGUCAUUGCGCUCCUAGACGCUGAACCCCCCUUGGACCUUGGCAAUGACAACAACUACAACAACAACAACAACCCGCCAAGCGGGUCCGGCUCGGACUCCGAUUUCGAAGUCUUGGAGGAAGCGCCGCCGCAUCUGCGCCGCGCUAACCCUCCUGCCAGUCCCAUCAUGGUCUUGAGUGACGAUGAAGACGGCGAGGAAGGUAAUGACCUUCAACCUCGCGCUCACAAGCGCGCCGCGAGAGGAAGCAUCGAGCUCCUCGACGAGCCACCCAAGUCCAAGCAGCGCGUAGACGACCUGGAGCAGCCCCUCGCUGGACCCUCGAAAGUUUCCGACUUCGACGCGAUCGUUACAGAUGUCAAGUACCUUAUUCCCGUGGUGCUCGAAGUCAUCCCCGACUUAUGCACUGCUUGGGUGCGAGAGAAUCUCGAGCACCAGAUCGAGUCCUUAAAGGACCACAUGGUCACCCCAGGCCAAGAGGCUGUCGAUCGCGUGAUCAACGCCGCCCUAGAGAUGGACCAGUACCCGCGUGAGGGGGAUGCAACGAAGGCGCAGCAGAAAGAGGACGACGAGGGUGACUACAAGGAUCGCAACUAUCGUGCAGAGUUGCGCAAAGGCAUCAAUUAUCAGCAGCGGGCAUUCGCCAUUCUCGAGGACGUGCACAAUACUGUCCCCAUCCAGUUCAUUCGUGCGGCUUGGAAAGAGCAAGGCGGAAUGCAACUUGUUCCUACUUACAUCUUCCUGCACGGCCUUGCCACCACACCCAACAAACCGUACAGAGAGUUGAAGCGGGCACGGACCGGCAAGGGCAGGAUGAAUAUCCCAAUCCUCGAUGGUGACCAAGCCGAGGGCUGUCAGGAAUUUCAUCGCGAGUAUAGGUUUCUCAAGCAGCUCAUGGCGGAGGCUGUAGAAAGGGAGCAGAGGGAGCUCGCCAACACGGCGGCGAAACGAAAGCAGGAGGCUGAUCGUGAAGAGCGCCGCCAGCGGGCCAUCACCGCUGGCCAAAGCAGAGAAUGCGGCUGCUGCUUUGACCAAGAGGCCUUAGAGGACCUGGUCGCGUGCCCAGAAGGCCACAUGUUCUGCCGCACCUGUGUGGCGUCGCUGGCCGAAAACAAGCUUGGCGAGCACCAGAUAGAUAUCAUCUGUAUGGACAUGUCACAAUGUGACGCGCCUUUCUCAGAUGCCGUAUUGGCCGCUGUCUGCGGAGAACAGACUAUGUCGCUUUACCACCGACUGCGACAGAUGAAAGACCUCGAGAUGGCUGCCAUCGAUGGCCUCGAGAGUUGUCCACACUGCCCAUUCGCCAUGGUAAUUGACAACCCGGACGAAAAGCUGUUCCGAUGCCACAACCCUGCCUGCAGCAAGGUGACAUGCCGCAACUGCAAGCGCCCAGACCACAUCCCCAAGCGUUGCGAGGAGAUGGAGCAAGAAUUCAAAUUGGACAAACGCCACGCAGUCGAGGAGGCAAUGAGUGCUGCACUCAUGCGACGCUGCCCAAAGUGUUCCAAAGCUUACCUGAAAGAGUCGGGCUGCAACAAGAUCACUGUGAGUCGACUAUCACUGCACUGAGCUGACGUCUGUGUCAAACUUGUCGUACUGUCAGCUGCUAUGUCUGUCAGAAAGCAAUCCCUGAGGGCUACGCGCAUUUUGAUCAAACGCCUGCUGGUGCUCGGCGGCCCGCUGGU